AUGACAUCGCCCCUUUCUUUCUUCACUAGCAUCAGUCCUUCGUUUCGCUUCGAUUCUCAAUCUGAAAUCUCUUUCAUCUCAGCCUAUAAACCAUUCCUGGCUAAACCAUUUUGUUCGUUGUUGCUUCUUUCUUUCUUUCUCUCUCUCUCUCUUUCGUUUCAUUCCUUUUACGCUAUUAUUUUUAUUUACACAUUUUUUUUUAAUUUCUUUCUCAUAUUUUUCUUUAUUUUCUCCCUUUUUCUCUCGUUCUAUUAUAUUUCUUUUUUAUUUAUUUAUCUAUUUAUUAUUUUUCUUUUUUUCAUUUUUUUAAUUUUUCCUCAUAUUUAUUUUCUCUUAUUCUUUUUUAUAUUACUUUUUCUUUUCCUUUUUAUAUUAACUUUUUAUUUUCUUAUUUGGCCUUUCUUUUCCUUUCUUCUACUUUUCUUUUUCUUAGUAUUAUUUUCUUUUUUUAUUUUUAUUUUUCUUUCUUCUAUUUCUUUUUCUUUUUCCUUAUCUAAAAUUUUCAUUUGUUCCCUUUUCCUUUUUUGUUUCUUUUUACUAUUUUAUUUUUUAUUUGUCUACUACUUUGAUACUAAAUUUUCUUUUCUCUCUUUUUUCUUAUUUUUUCCUUACUUGAUUGAUCAUUUCUCUUCUCCUUUUAUAUUAAUUUUUCUUUUUCUUCUUUUUAAAUUUCAUUUUCUUUUUCAAUUUUCGCAGACGUUGAAAGUUUUUAUCGAAUCCUUUCAUUUCUUAAUUUUUCUUAGUUUUUUUCUUCUUUAUUUCUUUCUUCAAUUUUCUCUUUUUUCUUUCUUUCUUUUACUCAACUAUUUUUCAAUUUUCGCUUCCUUCCUUGUAAGUCGUCUUUUCUUUUUUCAAAUCAUUUUCUUUUUAAUCCAUUUUAGUUUCCUUUCCUCUUUUAUUUAUUUCUUCAUUUUUCUACUUCCGCUUGCUGUUUUUUUUUUUCAUUUCUUUUUGUUUCCUUUCUUUUUUCCAUGUCUUUCCUUUUAUUUUUCUUUCUUUCUCCAUUUCUAUUUGCGCCUGCUGCUUUUUUUUCCUUUUCGUAUUCCUUUUCUUUUCUUUUUGUUUCUUUUCUUUCUUUCUAUAUCUUUCCUUUUAUUUUUUCUUUCUUUUUUUCAUUUCUAUCCAUUUAACUCGUUUUUCAUCAUUCAGUCGUUCUUUUCUUUCACAUUUUUAAAAAUUUUUUCCACUCUUUUCUUUGCUAUUGCUAUUUAUUACACCAUUCCCUCCCUUAUUUUAAAAUUUUAUUCAUUUUUUUCUUUUUACUUCCGCUCUUGCUUCCUUUAA